AUGCCACCGCCACCGCGGACCAUUGCUCGCUUCGGUGACUAUCGGCCAUACCGAAGUCGACUGGAGUUUGAGCUCGCGGAGUUCCUGUUCAAGAAGGAACAGAUGUCGGGCGCGCGCAUCGACGAACUGCUGGACCUGUGGAAAGCGUCACUUAUCCCUUUUGGAGCAGACCCACCUUUCGCUGAUCACCAGGAUUUGUAUAAUGUCAUCGACGCGACAACAGUAGGUGACGCGCCGUGGGAGUCGUUCACAGCACGAUACACGGGCGAGCUUCCAGACGGUGACGUUCCGGCAUGGAUGACGGCAGACUAUCAGAUCUGGACGCGUAAUCCGCGUACACUCGCUCACCUUCUCAUCGGAAAUGUCGACUUUGAUGGACAAGUCGACCUCUGCCCGCAUCGGCUCUUCAAUACCCAAGGAACGCGCCACUACAUCCAUGUAAUGUCGGGCGACUGGGCAUGGCGACAGGCUGACCUCAUUGCGGCUGACUCCGAGUAUGAUACCUACGGGACGAUGUUCACGCCGAUCAUCAUGGGAUCGGACAAGACGACCGUCUCUGUUGCGACCGGUCAGAACGAGUAUUAUCCGCUUUACAUGUCCAUUGGGAACAUCCACAACAACGUUCGACGUGCUCACCGGAAUGGUGUUCUUAUCCUCGCCUUCCUUGCCAUCCCGAAGACGGAGAAAAAGCACGCACAAAGCAAGGCCUUCCGGCACUUUCGUAGGCAGCUAUACCAUUCAAGCGUGUCGAUCGUACUCGAGCCGUUGAAGCCAUACAUGCGCGAACCGGAUAUUGUCCGUUGUUGGGAUGGCUACUUCCGACGCUCGAUCUACGGACUCGGACCAUUUCUGGCCGACUAUCCAGAGCAAGCACUAUGUGCUUGCAUCGUUUAUGGAUGGUGUGUGACGUGCCCGGGCGACCAUAAGAAUCUUGACGAGGGGUUGCUGCAAGGGCGGCGUACACGGGAGCACCGCGAGCUCCUGAUCAAGAACAUGGACGAGAAGAGACUGUGGGAGGAUUAUGGCAUUAUCAGCGAUGUCAUCCCCUUCAGUAACGACUUCCCACGAGCUGACAUUCACGAGCUUCUCUCCGGCGACAUCCUGCAUCAAAUCAUUAAAGGCUGCUUCAUGGACCAUCUUGUCACCUGGACCGGCCAAUACCUCGUUCUCGUCCAUGGUGAGGCUCGCGCAAAGGAGAUAAUGGACGAGAUUGAUCGACGCAUUGCUGCAGUUCCACCUUUCCCUGGUCUUCGACACUUCCAUCAAGGCCGCGACUUCAAGCAGUGGACCGGUGACGACUCGAAGGCCUUGAUGAAGGUGUACUUACCGGCAAUCCAUGGUCUAGUACCCUCGGAGGUCGUCUGUGCCAUGAGCACGUUCUUGGAGAUCUGCUACAUCGUCCGUAAGCCCAUCCAGACGGACGCCACAAUCUCUGAGGUCGAGCGACUCGUCGAGGAGUAUCAUCGCCAUUGCGAGAUCUUUCGGCAAGCCGGUGUGUGCCCAGAUGGAUUCUCGAUGCCACGACAACACUCCGUUGGCCACUAUCCCCGCCACAUGCGAAACUUCGCGGCGAUGACUGGGCUCUGUACAUCGAUCACCGAAUCGAAGCAUAUCGACGCCGUGAAGAAGCCAUGGCGUCGAUCGAACAGGUAUAAUGCCCUUGGACAGAUGUUGCUAACGAAUCAGCGUCUUGACAAGCUCGCCGCAUCGCGCGUCGACUUCAAGGCUCGCGGGAUGCUCGAGGGAACCGUCCUCUCGCAGGCGAUGCGAGAGGCAGCAUCAUCUGGUGGAGAUCUGGCAGAUGUCGAAGACGAAGACGAGCCUGGCUCACCAGUCAAUGCCCACCAAUCAAUGGAUGAUGACGACGACGAGAACAUUGAUGCGGAGGACGAGAUUGAUGGGCCUACAAUUGAGGCGUUUGUGGUCCUCGCCAGUCGCCCAGCACGGGGUUAUCCAACGCGAUCAUUCAUGGAACUUGGCGACUAUGUCAGCGUCCCUGAGCUUCCCAGUCUCAUUGCUCGCUUUCUGUUCUUCCAGCGUCACCCCAAUCGCACAGACGAGCCGUCGGAAACUGAGGUCGCACGCUAUCUACGGCACGUCAAUACCACUACGCGUGUGCCGGUCUACAAUUCCGCUGUGGCCACUUUCUUCGCACCCACAGAUUCCGCUGGAAGCAAUGGAAUGCGUCGUGAACGCAUCCGGGCGACUCGUACAUGGCGGGGCUCGACAUCCGGUCGUUACGACUGCGUCUUCAUCAACAAAGACGACUCACAGUCUGGCUUUCGCGCGCUGCAUGUCGCUCGUGUACGCCUUCUCUUCUCCUUUCGGCACGAGCAAAUCCUGUACCCGUGUGCGCUGGUACAUUGGUUCGUGCCGAUCGGUGACGCGCCGAACAAGGAGACACGCAUGUGGAUGGUGGAGCCGGAAUUCGAAGACGGGCGUCGGCCGUGCGAGGUUGUUCAUCUCGACAGUAUCAUGAGACUCGCGGACUUGAUCCCUGUCUACGGUGAGGAGUUCUUGCCGAAACAUUUCAAGGCAUCCGACUCGCUCGACGCGUUCCGCGCAUACUGGGUCAACAAAUUCAUAGACAGCCAGGCUCACGACAUAGCAUACUAA